UAACGCCUAUCAUAAAGGCAGCGCUUCCUCUUCUGCUCGUGAAACAACGACUUUCGAACAACGAUGCGAACGCGUAGAUCGUAGAUUACGAAAGGUUUUCUCGAUCGUCAGUCGCUUUCACUGAAUCAUUAUUGCAACGAUGACGGAUUUUUCGAAGCGGUUACGACAGACGCGAAAGUAGAGUGGCUUUACGUGGCUCGUUGGAUGGAACGAAACGGGUAAUUGUCCAAUGAUUUUCGUGAGAUAACGAUGACCGUCGAUUAUUCGAGCGAUUUAUUGAGAAACGUUCAUUGUGAUAUCCCUGCGCCGGAAGUCGGUCAAAGUUUCUUCGUUCAAGGGGAUUACGAGUAUUGGCACUAUGGUUGUGAUGGUUUUAACGAUAAGGGUUGGGGAUGUGGAUAUAGAACUCUGCAAACAAUAUGCUCGUGGGUUAUAAGGAAUCGGAACUUGGACCAAUCCGUCCCAAAUAUCAGACGUAUACAAGAAGCACUCGUCACGCUGGAUGAUAAGGAACAAUCAUUUAUUGGAUCGAGGGAGUGGAUAGGGAGUUUCGAAGUAUGCCUUGUAUUGAAUCACUUGUACGAGGUUCUUAGUAAAAUCGUGCAUGUUCCAAAUGGUAGAGCGUUGCGGGAUCAAGUUCCAGUUAUCAAGGAUCACUUCGAGGAAUUCGGUAGUCCAAUCAUGAUGGGAGGAGAUAGGGAUUGUUCAAGUAAGUGCGUUGUAGGAAUCCACGAGGGUGCAAACAACACCUAUUUGUUAAUCGUGGAUCCGCAUUUCGUUGGCCGAGCAACAGGAACAGAACAAUUAGAGAAUUACCGUUGGGUGAAAUGGCAACGUUUGGAUGAUUUCGUUGGCAGCUCCUUUUACAAUCUCUGUUUGCCUCAGAUCAAGUUCAUAAGUGCAUACAAUAAAUAAUAUACUGUAUAUACAUGUAAAUACAUCUGCAUUUUCCAUAAUUAUUUAUCGCGUACUUUAAUUCUAUUGAAGGAUUAUUUUUGUAAAAAAAAAAAAAAAAAAAAAAUUGGUGUAUGGGAUAUUUUAAAUAAGAAAAAAAAAUUACAAAGUUACAUAAACAUAAUGUGAUGGUUGAUAUUUUUAGAAAGAUUUCUUUUAAUAUAUUUAGAAAUAUAUUCACUGUACAUGGGACGUCUUUGUAUAUUGCGUUUCUUAUAAAAUAAUAAUUAUUACUGUAAUCGUA